CCUAGAAAAACUGAUCUUCCAGCAGCUCCUGAAAACUUGCUUAAUAUGAUACGAUGCAACUGUACCACAAAUUGUUCAACUACAAGAUGUACCUGUCGUAAAAAUGGACUUCACUGCACAAUGGCAUGUGGUCAAUGUAGAGGUACUGGUUGCACUAACAGUGGUGUUGAUGUUGAAGAUGAUUAACAAAAGUAUGAAAUGACAGAAAUGUCUUUGUAAAUCAAAGUACACUAUAUCAACCAUAUGUAAAUUUAGUGACAUUCUUGUAUUACUAUGUAACCUAAAGGAUUCCUUUUUUUCGGUCGUUGAAGACUUAACAUGAUUUUUAAUAGCCACGCUGCAGAUUUAUAUAAUCAAAUAUGAUAUUCGUUAGGUCAAAGCAGUGUUAUUUUGUAAUUCUUGUUUAUAGCCUCGUUUUCAUGUCAUAAUUUCACAGAAAACAUUAUUUUACGAAGUUGCCGGCCUCAGAUCAUGUGGGACUUUUAAUAUGUUGUUCUGUACAUGAAAGGAAAGAUAUUUUUGAAGAGUGAGCUUUUGUGGGAAUUAGUUCAAGGUUCAACCAUAAAUCUACUGGACUAAUUGUAAAUCCUUUUGAUAAAAUCAUCCAACAUGGCGGCCAUUGUGUAGCUUGCACACCAACUCACUCACUACCGUUAUAGUAUUGACCAUUUUUAAUAUUGUUUUGUAUGAAAUAUUGGGAUUAGUAUUGUUACUGAAAAUGACAUCGCGUAAGCGAACAUCGACAUCGACAACAAGAGAAGACAUAAGCGCUCUGUCAAAGAAGAAAGUCAUCGAGACAGGUUGGUCAAAAGAAGGCUCCGUUUCGUUCAACUAUCAUAAACAGGAGAAUUCCACUCUUCACCAUACGGAAGAAUACGAUGAGCAAAAUCUGGUUCUUAGACGUGGUUUCACAUUUCAGCUAAGUGCAGUUUUUGAGAAUUUUAGCCAAAGUGAAAUUAAAGACGCUGGAUUGCGUUUUAGCAUUGGAGCAAAUGACAGAUUCAUUCAGCCUCGUAUAUGGGAAAAUAAACUCAUUGAAUCAAAUGAAAAGGAGCAAAAAUUUGAAGUGAAAAUCCCGGUUAAUGCUGCUGUCGGAAGGUACAAAGUGGAAGUAGUUCUUCCUAACAGUUCAAGUCGUCCCUUGGGAAGUAAUGAAGAGAUACUUGUUUUGUUUAACGCUUGGCACCAAGAUGACGAGGUAUAUCUUCGUGAUGACGACAGUAACGAUAAGAAACAAGAAUACAUCUUGAAUGACGACGGACUACUUUAUGUUGGAUGGUCAAAUUAUCGAGGUCCCAAUCCAGUUCGAUGGAAUUUUGGCCAGUUUGAGAAAGAUAUUCUUGAAUGCGUUUUUUACCUACUGGAAAACGAUCGCCGAAUCAGGACGAAGCCUUCAAAAUCCUUGAUUAUGAGAAGCGAUGCAGUAUGGGUUUCUAGGAUUCUUUCAGCUAUGAUCAACUCGCAAGAUGACAAUGGUGUAUUAAUGGGAAAUUGGACAGGCAACUAUGAAAAUGGCAGAUCGCCGACAUUUUGGAAUGGCAGUGUAAAUAUUCUUCAGGAAUAUUAUCGCACAAAAAAACCUGUAAGAUAUGGUCAAUGUUGGGUGUUUUCUGGUGUCCUGACAACGGUCCUAAGAGCAAUAGGAAUCCCAGCUCGAAGUGUAACCAACUACAACAGUGCUCAUGAUACAGAUAACACUAUGACCAUAGAUACGUUUAUCAAUGAAGAAGGUGAAAAGGUUAAAUGGCACGAUAAUAGAGAUAGCGUAUGGAAUUUCCAUGUUUGGAAUGAAAUUUGGACAAAACGUCCGGAUCUUCCUAACAACAAGUACGAUGGUUGGCAGGCUGUUGAUUCAACACCACAAGAGGAAAGUAACAAGAUUUAUCAGAUGGGUCCUGCUCCAGUAAGUGCGGUGAAUGGAGAAAUCUAUGCUGGGUUUGACACUGGAUUUGUUUUCGGUGAGGUGAAUGCUGAUCGUGUGACGUGGUUGGUGAAGAGAGAUAGAUAUGGUUAUUACGUCAUUCAAAAAACAACUCAACGAUCAACGUCCAGCUUCGGAUCUUACAUUAGCACAAAAAAGGUCGGCAGUACGCAACGAGAGGAUUUAACACUUCAAUACAAAUACAGUGAAGGGUCCGAGGAAGAAAGAAAAUCCUUUGAAACAGCUUACAGCUUUGGUGCUGGUCCUCGGAUUUGGCUGGUUUUGCAUGUUGAAGAAGAAGGUCAACAAUUAGAUCUUGUUUUGGGCACCAAAGAAGAAAAUCUUUUAGUGGGCGAGCCAAUAACCUGCUAUGUAACAGCAAAGAAUAAGACAAACAAGGGUUUAACAAUCAGCUUGACUGGCGUCAUCAGGACAAUCAGAUACAAUGGAAGUGUUUCGUAUCUUGUUAAGACGAGUAAAUUUGAUAAAGUGAAUAUUUCAUCGAAAAAUGAAAUAACCAAAGAAGUUGUGCUGCAGCCAGAAGAAUAUGUAGAAAAACUUGUCGACCUAAACUGCUUUACGUUUGUUGUGGUAGCUAAAGAAAUAGAGACAGAAAAAUAUUACGUAGACGAAGCCAAAUUUCAGUUAUUUAACCCAGACGCAAUACAAGUUAAGUUUGACCAUUCGCCUCUUCACACUGGAAAAAAUGCUGAAGUUGAAGUCAUCUUUACAAAUCCUUUGCCCGUCAGAUUAUCCAAUAUUAAAAUCAGUAUUGAAGGAGCAGGUUUGCUUCAUUUAACGACAAAGACGUUCAGGAAAUGCCUUCAGCCUGAUGAAAAACGAACUGCCACUUUUUCGUUCUCACCUCGAAAAUCUGGACAACGAACAUUACUGGUAGAUGUUGAUACAACUCAGGUGAAAAACUUCAAGACUUCAGUUGAUGUGACAGUCAAAAGAUCUUCUCGUUUUUCCUAAACAAUUUUUUAUCACGUAAAACAAAUAGAGGAACACCAAUGAGAAUCAAGAAGGAACUUCGAGCUCAAAAGUUUCAAUAGAACUAUACUUUAUUGUGCAUUCUUCAUGUAUAGUACUAAAGUAUAGUUCUUCAAAAGUAUAGUUCUAAAAGUACUAAAGUAUAAAAGUAUAGUACUAGUACUAAAGUAUAAAAGUAUAGUACUAGUACUAAAGCAUAGUUCUUCAAAAGAACUAUACUUUAUUGUGCAUUAUCUAGUACUCAAAUAAAAUAAAACGUCAACAAAAUAUAUUUUACGUCCUAGCUAAA